GGAAAGGCAAGGAAGGCACAGUGGGCGGCAAGGCAGGAAGCACACAACACAGGGUGCAAUCAACAGCUCUGAAAGGGCAUGAGGCACAUUCCAGGGGAAACGUCUAGUUUCCUGUCCGUUUGUCCGGUUCAGGGUCAAGAUUUGAGACUGUAGGUUUUCCGUCUGUAUUAGGGUUUUAGAGAUUUAGAGGAGAGUGUAGUGUGUGUCUCUCUGAGUCUGCCUUAGCGCGCCCUCUCUCUGUCUCAGUCUGAUUUAGAAGUUAACAGAGUCAGAGUGGUGUGGUUCUCUCAUUGGGUUUAUUCAUGGAUCUCCUCAGGAAGAGCUCAGCAGUUCAGACCAUCAGGAGACAAAUGAGCAGGAGAAACAUGACUUCAGCAGAGAUCUCCUGGCCCAUCCCCAUGAGGGCCAUCGGGGCCCAGAACCUGCUCACCAUGCCAGGGGGUGUGUGCCACUCUGGGUAUGUGCACAAGAAAGGAGGGAGCCAGUUCAGCCUUAUGAAGUGGCCUCUUCGCUACUUAAUCAUCCACAAGGGAUGUGUGUAUUACUUCAAGAGCAGCACCAGUCCUGCACCGCAAGGAGCUUUCUCUCUCAAUGGCUACAACAGGGUGAUGAGGGCAGCAGAAGAGACCACCUCCAGUAACGUGUUUCCUUUCAAAAUUGUCCACUUCAGUAAGAAGCACCGUACCUGGUACUUCUCAGCAGCCAGUGAGGAUGAGAGAAGGAAAUGGAUGCGAAAUCUGCGGAAAGAAAUUGAUCACUACAAUGACAGAAGGGAUUCACAUGUUUCAAGUGACUCCGAAUCUGAUGCAGACAGCUUCUAUGGAUCGAUCGAGCGCCCCAUGGACAUAACACAUACCAUAGAUGACCCAGAAGGCAAUUACAUGUUAGAGGAUGAAGACAACGAUGAGGAUGACUAUGAAAAACCAGAUAGCCCACCAACACCUACAGGAAGGCCAACCGUUCCACCACCAUCCUACCCACCUCCUCCAGUCCCAUGCCAGCUCAGACAAGAGUCCAUGUCAGGAUUCUGCAAAGGUCUCCCCCGUCCUGUGCUCGGCCCCGUCAGGAGCCCCACCAGCCCCCUUCCAAAGAAACCGCCAGCGCCCUUACCUCCACCCAAGCUCGGUGAGGUCAGCCACAACCACCAUGGACACAAGAACAUCCCAAAUAAGGGCCCCCCUCAACUUCCCCCCAUCCACCUCAAGCCUAGCCCAGAGAGGAGUGCAUGGAGUCCUAAGAGCCCGAUCCCCCCUCCCACUCCCAUGGCCAACCUAAAGAAGCAGGCAAUGAUGGGGCAGAUGUCAAUCUCCACCAUUGCUGGGGGGAAACAUAAAGACAGGAUGCCCCCUGUUCCAGUGACCAUGCAGUCUCCCGCCACCCUGAUCAUCUGCAGCGACCUGGAAAGGAAGAUGGUGCUGCACUCCAGCCCUAGUCCACCGGGUUUUCGUGGCAACAAACCCAGUCAAAUCCCGGGCAUGCCAAACUACUGCCUCAGCUCCAGACCAGCUCCAGAUCUUCCACCACAGGCCUUGCCAGCACUGAACCACACCAAGCCUGGACUGCACAAACCACCCCUGGUACCCAAACUUCCAUGUCCUGCGGCCAAGCCUAAACCACCUGGAGGGUCAGCACAAAGAUCUUCUCCAGAUGGACAAAGCUUCCGGACCCCAGUGGACGAGGUGCCUGUCUCUUUAAGAAAGAGCAGGGAUCCAUCCAAGGACACUAACUAUGACUCUGAUGAAGACUAUGAGAAUAUGCAAUUACCAGAUUCUGUGUUCCUGGACACAACAGAAACAAGCAGUGUUGAAAAGUUAUUUAAGGAAAGCUCCAGAACACCGCAGGACGGUCUCUACUGCUUCAGGAACUCAGGAACAAAAACAUCAAAGGUGCUGGUGGUGUGGGAUGUGAGUGUGUGCAAGGCCAGAAACUACAGGCUCUUUGAGGAGGACUCCCGGCUGUUCCUGGAGUUAGAGAUGACAUUUCCCUCCCUGUCAGCCCUUGUGGAGCACUACCAUAGCCACCCACUACCCAAUCACGGCUCUCUGUGUCUGCAGAAGCCAUAUGGUUACAUCGUGCCAAGGUGACCUUGCCACGACCCCGUCCUGAGGUCACGGCCUCAUCUGCUCAUAUGAAGUCUCUCCUCUUUGGCGUCGACCAUGGUUCUGCCACUGUAAUGAACUACAGUAGAAACUUACUAUGGCUGAAACACAAUCACAGUGCCCACUGUAAAGCAAGGCAGAUUGUUGCAUCUCUGUAACUGAGCCUGAGUAAAUGUUGGAGCGGUUCUGGUGAAUAUCCUGGCAUGGGCAGAGGUGCAACGAGUGCAGAUGGUUGCAGUUGUUGAAGAAAAUAUGGCAUCUGUGACAAUGAGGGCAAUGAGCUGUAUAGGUCUUCCUGUAUGCUCAACUGGAGUGCCACAGGUUUACAGAACACAGUUGUACUAUGUGAGGACUAUUGCAGGAAUAGUCCUGUAAAGGUCUGUCAUUACACUUGAUAGCAGCAGGCAGGUGAACUGCUGUUGUGUUGUGAAGAAUACAUGUUGGAGCAAGCAAAUGUUAAGAUUUGUGGGUUGAAUGCACAUGAAUGUCAGAAUAUUAAGCACUGCUUAUGUAUCAUGCAUUGAGGACCAACUUAUUCUACAAAUCAACGUUGAUGAAACGUAUCAUAUUAUCUUCAGAAAAAAUGUAUUAUUCAGACCACAACGCAAACGCUCUACCUCCCUAUUUACUCUUUUACCUCUCUGUCUGUCUCUUUCUCUCUACUUGUCUCUGUCCCUUAAUCUUUCUCUCUUUACUUCACCAUCUCCCUCCCUCCCUCCCUCCCUCCCUCCCUCCCU